ACGGGAAGAAGAGAAAAAAAAAGCACCGUCAAAGUGUGGGAAGAGAAAGGCUUUUGUUUUGUAGAAAUGAAAACCGCUUCUUCAAUUCUAUUUCCUUGUGUACGCGUCAAUGCCUGUGCAACCGACACGUCAAAAAAUGUCGCACUCAAUGGAUCGGGAAAUUGCUAUAAAUACAUCAAACGAAAGCCUCUACUUAGUCACCAUCGUUCCAGAAGCUCCUCUUCAGUUUCUCCCAUCCCAAGCCUUCACAACAGGGACUUGUCAGAUUUAGUUGAGGUUUUUCCAUCAUUAGUUUGUGAAGAUAAUAAAGAUAUGGAAAUCUCCCAUGAUAUCAAUAUCAAGGAUGACAAGCCAGGUGAUAUAAAUGAAGAACAGAAGAUUAAGGUAGAUCUGGAAGUGAAAAAUAAAUCAUUUGAAAAAGAGCAUACUAAGGAGGAGAAAAAACAUAAAGAUGGUGAUGAGAAAAAGGAAAAGGAUAAGAAGAAAAAGGAAAAGGGGAAAGUAGAUGAUGAAGAGAAGACGGAAAAGAAGAAGGAAAAGAAAGAGAAAGAAAAGAAGAAAGAAAAGGAUGAAAAAAUUGAUGUAGAAAAUGAUAAGGAUGAAAAAGAAGGUGGGGAGGACGGUGAAAAGAAGGAGAAGAAGAAAAAGGAAAAGAAGGACAAAGAAAAAGAAGGAAAUGACGAUGAAGAGAAGAAGAAAAAGAAAGAGAAGGAGAAGAAAAAGGAAAAAAAUGAAGGUGAGGAUGAAGAAAAAAUUGAGAAAAAGAAGAAAAAGGAGAAGAAGGGAAAAGAUGAUGAAGGCGAGGAGGAAGAAGAUGAGAAAAAGAAGAAAAAGGAUAAGAAGGAGAAAGACAAGGAUCACAAAAAGGAAGAGAAGGGAAAGGAUGAUGAAGGUGAGGAUGAAGAAAAAAUUGAGAAAAAGAAGAAAAAGGAGAAGAAGGGAAAAGAUGAUGAAGGUGAGGAUGAAGAAGAAGAUGAGAAAAAGAAGAAGAAGAAGGAUAAGAAGGAGAAAGACAAGGAUCACAAAAAGGAAAAGAAGGAGAAAGAUGUUGAAAAGGAGGGUGAAAAAGAGGACGACAAGGUUGAAGUUUCUGCAAGGGACAUUCCUAUAGAAGAAAUCACAGAGGAAGGUGAAAAGGAAGACAAAGAAAAAGACGGUGGGAAGGAAGUGAAAGAGAAGAAGAAAAAAGGAGACAAAGACAAGAAAGAGAAGGAGAAGAAAAAACUUACCGGAAAGGACAAGGUCAAGGAUCUUAGCUCUCUGAAGCAAAAACUUGAAAAAAUUAACGCAAAAAUAGAACCGCUCCUUCAAAAGAAAGCUGACAUAGAAAGGCAGAUCAAAGAAGCUGAAGCUGAGGCUCAUGUAGUCAGCGACAAGAACAAGGAAGAGGUACAGGAGCUUUGAAGGACACACUUGUACUAUACUGCAUAAUAUAAAAACUUUGAUUGCUCUUUUAUAGUUGUUUUGUGAAUAAAGUUGUUAUUUCAUUUGAGUGAGAAAUGAUACACUUUUGUACUGCACAUUCUUAUGCUUCAUGUGGGAUUGAUUUCUGUUUCGGCUGUCGAAAAAUUCAAUACAAUUUAGAAGUGGAGGUGAGGAGUAGUUUA